AUGUCUGAUGAAGACCCCCCUGCCGAUACUCCUCAACUCUCCGAUUCGGAGUUGAGCCAAGAUGAAUCCGAUGAAGAGCCAAUCGAGUCUCUGGUGGCUGGCCGCGAGCGACGGAAGACCGCCGGCAACCGUUACGAUAGAGACUUGGUCUUGGAAGAAUCCCAACUAGAUGAGGAGGAACCGGACGAAGUUACUCUUCUCUUCGCGGAAGAUGGCGAGGAGGAAGACGACGAGUUUAGAAGCGAUGAAGGCGAAGAUGAUGCCGAUAUGUCUUCAAGCGAUGACGAUGAUCAAGGCCCCAACGCAGGCGCUGAUGAUCUGGAAGGGGAAAACGAAUUACAAAAACAGGCCAAAGCAGAAAGAUCCAAGAAGCGAAAGGCAGACCUGGCCUUGACCAGUGUUGCCGGGAUCCGGAAAAAGGCGAAAACUAUUCCUACAAGACCAUCGUUAUCCACGACGGAACCCAAACCAAAGCCAUCGAAGAAGAAAGAAAGAGUCACAUGGAUUCACUCCGAAGGAUCUGGACGGAGCUCACUACGCAAACAAACUAUUGCCCACCGCGCGGAAACCAUCCAGAGGCUGAGAGAAAGUGAAGCGCAAAGCAAGAAACUCAAGGCUCUGAAGGAGAAACGAGACAGGCAAAGAGCGGAGGAUGCGCCAAAAGAACUUACGCAGGCUGACCGACUAGCCGAGGCCGCUAGGGUGGAGAGACAGAAUGCGAAGAGUCUGAAUCGAUGGGAAACUAUGGAGAAGAAGAGACAGGAAGAACAGGCAGCAAAGUUGGCGGCACUGAAAAACAGAAAACUCGACGGGCCUGUACUCACAUACUGGAGCGCAAAAAUGAAAUGGGUCCCGCCAAAGCCUGGACGGUAUGGUGUCAAGGAGCCUGAAAUUGUGCAAGAAGGUGUCAAGAAGAAGCCAGGGCGCAAAACAAAGGCAUUUCUUGAAGAACAGGCGGCUGCCAAAAGAGCAGAAGAGGCAAAACUAGCUGCAGCAAUGGCACCAGCACAACCAGACACUGGCAACCCGGAUGGAGGUCCAACCCUAGCGACGACUACAGCACCAGAUGGACAAGCAUCAACCCCUGCCGCCCCUGGCAGUCCAGCAAAGGAAAACAAAGAGGCAGCUCCUCCCAACUCAUUGACGGAGACUGUACGUACGGCAGAGGGGAAUCAUGAAAAAGUGGACAAAGCUGCCGAUUCCACUACUUCGGCUACAAACCCUACAGACGCGGCACCCGUCAUGGCCGCAGAGAAGGUUCCGGCUUCUUCUGAGAGUAGACCAGAAACCAAAGAUGUGUCCAAUACUAAAACGCCGUCACAACAAGACGACUCAUUCCUAACGGGAAUUCACGAAUUUGCAGCCAUGGAGGGAGAAGAUCAGACCUCAAAGGCCAAUGACGCAGCUCAAGAGCCAAAGACCCAAAAAGCGGACGGAAAUGAACAAGCUUCGGAUGUUGCGAUGCCAGAUGCAGAAUCGACAACGCCAGGGGGAGAUGGAGAAAAGGCAGCCCCUAAGGAUGCCCCUAAGGAUGGCCCAGUGAAAACAGGAGCGGAUGGGCAGAGUUCAGAACCAUCAAACCUGCCACAUCCACCAGAUCCCAAGCCUGUUGAUGCCAGUAGCAAGGCGAACGAGGCGACGACCACCAAAUCGCAAGUCGCGUCAGAAGCGUCUAAUCCAGCACCAGAGACGGAGAAGUCAGAAAGUGCCCCCGAGGAAGCCUCAAAGCCUUCACAGGAAGCUCCUGAUGCGCCGGUGAUCAAAUCAGAGCCGUCAAAUCCCUCUCAGCUUCAGGAUGUGGAAAUGGUCGACUCCAAAGCAGAAGAAGAACCUGAACCAAUACCCGAGGACACUACACGGAAUGUGAUGAUUUUGGAGAAGUUCGACGUUCUCUCAUCAGAUGCGCGCCAGGAAUUCUCGGUGUUCUACAGCCAGAAAAAAGCAACAAGCAAGACGGUGAAACGCAGCCAAGAGCUGUGUCCCAUCACAACCUUGCCUGUCAAGUAUCGAGACCCGAGUACAGGGAUCGGGUACGGCAAUGCGACGGCGUAUAAGAAGCUGCGAGAUUUGAGACAUCACAAAUUCGCAUGGAGUAGCAUGUUGGGUUGUUAUGUUGGCGGCAGUGAGCAACCACCUGCCCGUGGAGUUCCAGAGGGUUUCUUAGGGACCUGA